AUGGUUAAUCUAUCGACAGCGAAUUAUUUAUUAAUUGGUUUAAUACUGUCAUAUAUGGAAUUAAACAGAUGUUUUGUACUCCAAGCUCCAUUGAAAUUCGAUGAUCGUGGCAAUCGAAAAAUCAAAGUUGGACACGAAAAGUAUAGUUUAGAUUCAAAAAAUCACCUGAAAAUUCGAAUUCAAGACUGUAAACUUAGUAUGGAUUUCACUCCAGCUAACAAAACUGAGAUCUCCAUGAAAAAAGGUGUUCGUAAAGUUACCAUUUUCUUGUUGGCAUAUGUGUAUCCUAUGUGGAUCGCCUCGAUAUUGCCUCUAGUUAG